AUGUAUUAUGGAUUGACGGGCAAAUGCACUUGGCUGUUUAGAAGGUGCUUGAUGGAUGCUCAUGUAAAGGCACUGCAAAAGAAUUUGGUGUGCCAAGGUCUACUAUUCCAAAGAAAAAUAGAUCAUGCAACGGUUAUUUUAGUCGUAGGGUUCUUCCGUAUUUUUACUUAUGAGCAAGAGGAGACAUUAGCUAGGUACAUUUCAGAGAUGGAAAUAAAGUUUUUUGGAUUAACUGGGGUUGAAGUAAGAAAAUUAGCUAUCCAAUUCGCAGAAAAAUUAAGCAUUCCUCACAAGUUCAAUCAAACAAAAAAAAAAGCUGAACAUACAUCUUUUGCCAGAGCAACUGGAUUUAAUCAAGAAGCUGUGCAGGAAUUCUUCUCACUACUUGAAGAGAUUUUUAAUAAGCACAAGCACUCUUAUACACCUAAUAGGAUCUACAAUGUUGAUGAGACAGGUAUAUCCAUUGUGCCCAAAUCAUCACCAAAGAUAAUUGCAAAAAGGGGACGUAAACAAGUAGGAGGUUUCACUGCUGCUGAAAGACGUGAAAAUGUAACUGCCACAAUUUGUAUUUCAGCAGCAGGUACCUUUAUGCCACCUUUCAUAAUAUUUCCUAGAGUAAAGGAAAACUUAGAGUUUAUCAAGGAUACACCAGCUGGGGCUUGGGCAGAAUUUCAUAAGACUGGUUGUAUGCAGAUUGAUAUAUUUACUAAAUGGUUUAAAAAGUUUGUGAAAUUCUCCCAAGCAACACCAGAGAAUCCAGUUUUGCUCCUCCUUGAUGGGCACGUCACUCAUGUAAAGAAUUUGAAUGUCAUAGAUUUGGCAAAAGAAAAUGGUGUAGAAAUACUAUGUUUCCCACCACAUUGUACUCAUAAAAUGCAGCCACUAGACGUGGGUUUUAAUGGUACACUAAAUAAGAGUUUUGGUGCUCAAGUAGCUGCUUUUCAGCGUCGGGACAAUCAAAUUACCCUAAAAAAUCUUUACUCAAUUUUUGGAAAAGCUUAUAUCCAUUCUGCAAAAAUGGAGACUGCCAUCAACUCUUUCAGAAGAUGUAGAAUGUAUCCUUUUGAUUCUACUGUGUUUCCUGAAUUGAAUGUUUGUGCUUUAGAAGGUCAAAUUUCUUUGGAUCCAUGCAACUCCAAUAAACCAGGUUAA